CCCUAGGUACUUUUUAAAAAGUUUUCUGGUUUGGUUUCGCGACAGUGCAACCGUGAGGGAUCGCAGCUGUGGUCGGGGUUCUAGGCUGUAAUCUUGCGGCCAUUCCCGCCUCCUUGAACGUCAAACGCAAAAUCUAAGUCCGCAGAAGCCGGGCUCAGGACAGGGUGGGCUGGGGGCGGGGUCUGGGCGUCUCGCUCCUCCCCGGGCAGGGCGAGAGGGGGAAGUCCCGCCCCUCAGCCCCGCCUCCCGACUGCCCCGCCCCCUUCCUGCCGGACGACAGGGGGCUGGAAGGCAGGCCCGCGGUUGCCAGGCUAGCUUGAGGGCCAUGCCUGUCUCGCUGCGCUCCCCUCUAUUCCUGGACGUGGUCGUGGGCGUGGUGGGCACCCUGUCUUUCCUGCUGGACUUGGCCGCCGACCUGUGGGCCGUCGUCCAGUACGCGCUCGGUGGCCGUUACCUGUGGGCCGCGCUGGUAGUGGUGCUGCUGUGCCUCGCCUCUGUGCUGCUGCAGCUCUUCAGCUGGGUCUGGCUGACCACCGACCCCACCGAGCUGCACAAGUCGCUGCCCUCGCGUCGUUUCCUGACGCUGCUGCAUGUGCUGCAGCUCGGCUAUCUGUACAGGUGCCUGCACGGGCUGCAGCAGGGGCUGGCCUUGUUGCAGCAGGAGCUGCCAACCGAGAGUGACAUAGCCUAUGCAGACUUCCUGUCCCUGGAUAUCAGCAUGCUGCGGCUCUUUGAGAGUUUCUUGGAGGCGACACCACAGCUCACAUUGGUGCUGGCUAUCGUGCUGAAGAGUGGCCAAGCUGAAUACUACCAGUGGUUUGGCAUCGGCUCAUCCUUCCUGGGCAUCUCGUGGGCACUCGUGGACUACCACCGAUCCCUGCGUACUUGCCUUCCCUCCAAGUCUAGCCUGGGCUGGAGCUCCUCUGCCUUCUACUUCCUGUGGAACCUGCUGCUGCUGUGUCCCCGAAUCUUCGCUGUCGCCCUGUUCUCAGCUCUCUUCCCCCAAUAUCUGGCCCUGCAUUUCUUCAGUCUGUGGCUGGUGCUGUUGUUCUGGGUCUGGCUUCAAGGCACACGAUUUAUGCCAAACCCCAACUUUGAGUGGCUGUACCGGGUGGCGGUGGCAAUCAUCCUUUAUUUCUCCUGGUUCAACGUGUCUGGGGGCCGCACCCGAGGCCGGUCCGUCAUCCACUUGUUCUUCAUCCUCAGUGACAGUAUUCUGCUGGUCAGCACCUGGGUGACACACAGCACCCUGCUGCCCAGCGGGACCUUCUUGCCAAUGUGGUUGAUGAUAGGAGGAGCCUGCUUCGUCCUGGGACUGGCUUUGCGUCUGAUCUACUACCUCUGGCUGCACCCUAGCUGCAGCUGGGAGCCCGACCGCGUGGAUGGGGCCCUAAGUCUCCUUCCUAGGAAGCAGCCUAAACAGCUUUAUAAUAGACGGGCCAUUCAGUUAGCACAGAACUUUUUCACCAAGAUCAAAGAGGAGGAGAUUUCUCUGGCAGAGGCUGGAGACGUGGAAGGAGCCCUUUGAGGUAGGGUCUGACUCAACCAGUGAGGAAGAUGUGGAGAGCUGGGCCUUGGAAGGGCCAAAGGCCAAUCCUAUACAAGCUGUCUUCUCUUCCUUACCAACCAUGAGCUGCUGUCACCAAAGCCUCACGUUGCUAUUCUUACCUCUCAGGUGACUGGUGGAAGUAUCCUGUCUCCUGGGUUCACUGGCCUGCUCUAGGAGGUCCUGGGGUUCUGGGGAUGUUCUCAAGAAGUCUUUCCUACCCCCACCCCAUCCACUCACAUCAAUCAACCAAUGUUGAGAGCACUUUAUUUUCCAGGAGCAUCAUUCUGACUGUUGAACUGGCUGCUGCCCUACCUUCUUUCCCUACCCACUUGAACAAAUGUGAUUUCAAAGACCAGAGGCCAGUGAGGACCCUGCCAGACCCUCCAGUGUUGUGAUGCAGCAGUCUCGACUCUGGCUCUUGGGCCACCUUUAAAAGCAAGUAGCAAGUGCCUCAUGGACCUGUGGUCUAGGCCAUGCACAACCCGCUGAGUAUUUUACCUCCUACCUCCAUCUGUGAAAGGAAGAGAACAUGUGCGCAUGUGUUUAACAGUAUUAUUAAAACCGUGUAAUAUUUCCCAAACCAGUAUGUACCAUUAAAUACAGUCUGUCAGCCUUUCUAUUACGGACAGGUGGCAGGGGUCUGGAACCCCUUAAAACUGGUACAAACUCCUGGAAUAGAGACAUGGGCUGACUUAGUUAUGACUUUGUAAUGAAUAUCUAAAUUGUUCCAGUAUAAUAAAAACUCGGGAAGCAGAAAUUGAAAUAAAGACCUGAUAAACCCAAGGACAGUGGAGACUCAGCUGGCUGACCCUCUCUCCACGUUUUCCCCAAAUUGCAUCCCUGGAAAUCCUCUCUUCCUGUCCUCUCUAGCAGAUCUCUUCAGUCCUUCAAGAACUCUAUGGCAAAUCCCAGUAGCCAAUCGCUGACUCCAUCCUUUGAUUUGAGGUGGCCUUAUUGGCACAGUGGAAGGGUUAUACCAACAAUUCUCCUGCAACAUUUCCCAUUUCAGUUGGUAGAGCAUGGGACUCUUAAUCCUGGGGCUGUGGGUUAGAGCCCCAUGCUAGAUGGCAAAUUGUAACUAGCCUUUCUCUGUCCCACCAGUUAGCUCCCAAAUAAUGACAGAGACUUAUUAUGAAAGCUUGGCUUUAGCUUGGGUUUGUCCCAUUAGCUCUUAUAACUUAACCUUGUGGCCUUUUACCUUUCAUUCUGUAUGCCUGACUCUCUCUAUGCCUUGUUGGCACGUCAGGUACCUAGAUGCAUCUCCUGUUUCUUCUUUCUCUGCCUGGAAGUCCUGCCUAGACCUCCUAUCUAGCUAUUGGACAUUCAGCUCUUUAUUAAACCAAUCAAGCAAUGUAUCUUCAGUGUACAAAUACCCCACAAUGUGACUGCAUUUUGCUUCCCAAGAUGCAGUAGCUGGUGAGCCCGAGUGGGCCGCUCAUCUGGCAGGCAGCAGAACUCACAUUUGGGCAGACAGUGCGUUCUCCUAGGAGGUCUGCGACUGGGCCUGAAGAGUAGCAUCUUUAGGACUAGGAGUGAGUUUGAGGGGCUGGGUGGAAGGUGAAGUGACACAUCUUAGGAUGUGGAUGACGGUUCUGGGGAGAUGGAGCGUUCUGUUCUGGUUCCAGGGCUGGGACCCAAGAUAGUUCUAGUGUGAUCGAAACUCACUUUGGGUAGUUCACAACGGCCUGUAACUCUGGCUCCAGGAGAUCCAACAUCCUCCUUUGGCCUUUGCAUAUGCAUAUACAGGCAUACACUCAAAAAAUUUUUAAAAAUUGAAAAAAGGAAGUACAAGUUAUUACACUGGCCUUGUUUUUAGACAGUCUAUCCUACCGAGAUGACCUUGAAGACAUCCUUCUGCUUCAGCCUCCCAACUGUUAGGAUUACAGGUGUACACUACCACACACAAAGCUCUUUAUUCUGAAAGAAUUUAAAAUUAUAACAGCGGGAUUACAUGUAAUUAGAAAAUGUCCUUAAGCCAGGUGGUGACGCAUGUCUUUAAGCCUAGCACUCGGGAGGCAGAGACAGGAGGAUCUCUGUGAGUCUGAGGCCAGACUGGUCUACAGAGGGAGUUCCUGGUCAUUUGAGAUAAGGUUCCACAUGUAGAUUAGGCUAGCCCAAAACUUCUGGGAAGUCUGUGGUCUGGUGAGACAGGGACUAGGACAAAGGUGCCAGAGGUGGAAGAGAAGGUUCUGGUUCCAGUGCUGGGACUCAAGAUAGUUCUGCCAGCCACUUACUGGUGUGGAGGUAAAAUAGUGUGAUCUUGCCUCUGCUUCUGAGGAUUACAGACAAGAACACCAUACCCGACCAAUAACUUUUUUUAAAAAAUAAUUUACUUUUAUUUCAUGUACAUGUAUGUCUGUGUGAGGGUUUCAAAUCCUCUGAAGUUGGAUUACAGGCAAUUAGGAGCUGCUAUGUGGGUGCCAGAAACUGAACCUAGGUCCUCUGGAAGAGCUGAGAGUGCAAGUAACUGCUAAGCCAUCUCUUCAGCCCCCGACCAAGAACUUUUAAACAAGAAACAUGUUUUUUAAAAAAACCAUCUAAAGAUUUACAUGUCCCAGGACAGCCAGGGCUACACAAAGAAACCCUGUCUUGAAAACCAAAAAGAACAAAGAAAAAUGUUUACAUGUCACGGAGGGUUUGUGCGAGAAGUGUUUUGUUAGGAGAUGGAGAUGUUUGCUCUUGGGAUUUGGGGGGCAGUCAACACUUGGACCUGUGUUUUUCACCGAGCAAGGCACAGACAACAGCUAACAGACCACUAGCCAGGGUAUGAGAUGUCGUCAUGCUCCUGAGGAAAUUCACCUGUGGUCUGACGCUUCUGAUCCUCAAAAUGAUAAACGAAUCCUAUUCACUUCACUGUAAUACAGCAACGGCCACUCCGACCAGUGUGAAGGACUGGAGAAAAACUGGCUAAUAUGACAUGUGAUCAGGCCAGUUAAAGGGUUCGUAUGAGUUUGUUUUACUGGUUUGCAGCUUAUGCUAGGCACAGACUGACUUCUCUUUAGUAAAGCUCAGCAUACUUGACAGCUCAUGAAAUCUACUUCAUUUCCACAUCUUAAAAAGCAAUGCAUUCUAGAAAGAAUUGAAAUAAAAACAAUUCCUUGUUUUUUUUUUA